UAUAGAAAAUUUGAACACAAGCUCGGAAUCAACUUCCACUGAAACUUCCAGCUCGAGCUCUACCAAUCUUUCUACCUGGAGUUCAGAGAUCUCCACAGAGAAUCCCUAUUCCACCACAGAAUUACCCUCAGGACUCUUCGGAAUAUUUGGAGCUAAUUCAAAUUAUUUAACUAGUAGAGAUAUAUUGUUACUACUACUACAAAUUGGUUCGGAAUCAAGCUUCAACAAAGACUAUUCAAAUCAAGCCACAUUAAGUACUGAAGAGUAUGACGAAGAUGAGCUUUCAUCGAUCUCACCAGUGACUGAACUUGAUAGCUCCACGGUGUCCUCAGUGUCUGAAGAAAUCUUCCUAAAUGGCGUUAAGCACAACAAUUUAAUCCCGAAGUUACAAGUAUUACUUCAAAUGGCAUUCAAGGAUGGCACAGUGGAUGGAAACUCAAAAAACUCAAUAAGAAGAAAGCUUCUGAAAGGAAAUUUACCAUCCGCCUCCACCAUGGAGGCAAGUGAAUAUUGUAAGAUUUUGCCAAAUGGUAGUCACUUGAGGGAUUCCAAGUCCUGCAACAAGUAUUAUGUGUGUGCAAGUGGGCGAGCGAUAUUCCGAAAGUGUCCCAAGAACCUUUACUUUGAUAUCAAAAAUAAGAUUUGUAAUUUUGCCUAUUUGGUAAAUUGUUACGAAGACGAAGAGUUAUCCAAUUCUGAGUUAACUGAAUCGGCUACAAGUUCCAACUACAUGCAAUACACAUCGGAGAGUUACUAUGAUGAAAUCUCGUCGAUCACAGAUAAAUAUGAAAGUUUGAUUAAUGGGGAGGACUCACAACUUGCCCCAGCAAUUUUACAAACAAAUGCAAAUGCUAACCAGAGACCUAGCAGAGAACCAUCUUCUGCAAAACAAACUGAACUAAUUGAUUUAUCUGAAUGCGACUUCUUACCAAAUGGUGCUUAUUUAAGAGAUCGAAAGUCCUGCAACAAGUUCUACAUAUGCGUUAAUGGAAGGGCUAUUUCAGGAAGCUGUCCCGGAAGUUUGUAUUUCGACUUUAAAAGAAAGGUUUGCGAUUCCCCCAGUCUCGUUAAAUGUGAUAUUGAUAGCGAGCAAAUCAUCAAUUCAAAGAAGUCUUCAAAUUUCACCAAUGUUUUGAGUGCCGCCGAAGGGAAUUUAAGUUCAGAAAAGGUUUCUAUAGACAAAUCCAAAACUGAUAUGUUACCACAUCUUUCUUCUAAUUCCAACUUGAAAGUUACUUUAAAGUCUCCAAAUUCUACUUUGAAACCCGACCAAGACAAUUUCAAAAAUUUGCUAAUAAUCAAUUCCUCGACAAAUAUUACUAAGAAACCAUCUAAAGAAGAAGAGUCUGUAUUGACACAGUCAGAUGUUGAGAAACCAUGCAAUUGCCAUGGUUUGCCAAAUGGUGUAUUCUUGAGGGAUCCAGAGUCUUGUAUCAAGUUUUACGUCUGCGCAAACGAUAGUGCCAUACCUCGUAGCUGUCCAGGAAAUCUUUAUUUCGAUAUCAAGAAAAAGGUUUGCAAUUAUCCUAGUUUAGUAGACUGUUCGCUUGAUGAAAAUGGUAUCGUCAUCACGAAGUCACCCUUGAUCUCACAUGUCGUUCAUGAGGAAACUGAUGAUGCAACGAAAAAGCUGUCUACGUUUAGGCCCGAUUGUAGUUCCGCAGCUAAUGGAGAUUAUAUUAGUGAUCCCAGGUCCUGUAACAAGUUCUUUGUUUGCGCCAAUGGUCGUGCUAUACCGCGGCAAUGUCCCAAAGGUCUUUACAUCAACACUAAGCUAAAGUAUUGCAACUUCCCCAGUGAAGUGAAAUGUUCAAUUGGUAGUAAGGACAAUUUGUCAAAUCUUUAAUCAAUAGAGGAAAAACUAGAUUGUAGCGAUAAGGCGGAAGGUUUCAUUAUGUGUGAUUCAAAGCUAUGUAAUAAGUAUUACGUUUGCGUAAAUGGAAAUCCAGUUACACAUUUCUGCACACCUGGUAAUUGGCUUGACCUGAAACGAGGAGUUUACAACCAAAAGCUAAUGGUCUAGUGUAAUAAGUAAAAGAAAAAGAGAGAAAAAAUAGAGAGUGGAAGGUAAAAUAGCAAUGUAUUCUAUAUAAUAGGUGAUGGGGUAUACUACAAUAUUUAAAAACAUAUACUAUAUGUAUAACUUGAGUGGCGUAUUUUAGCAUUUUAUUAUAUAUUUGGUUAUGGUGUUAGUUUUAAUCAUCAUAGUUCAUACUUUAUGUUAUCCAGUGUAAUUUAUUUACAGGGAAUAAACCAUCAAAUUACUAUA